AUGUGCUGGCUGAGGGGGUGGAGCCAGAUCCUCCUGCCGGUGUUCCUCUCCCUGGCUCUCAUCCAGCUAAUUACCAGCUUCUCCGACCAUAAGUUUUCUAAAACCCACUCUCACGGGAAAUGGAAACUAGAAGCAAGAUACGUUGACAGGGAAUGUGCUCAAAAGCAAACUUGUCCAUUGUGUACCAAAGAUAAGAGAUGUAUUUGGUGCCGAGAAGAAAGUGUUUGCAAAAAGUACUGUUUUCCAUAUUCUGACUGUAAAUUCAAUUCUAUAUUUUGGGCAAACUGUAGAGUGGAUAUGUUUGGAGUCGUCAUGCUGAUCCUGGUUGCAAUAUUAGCAGUAGGAUUCUUGUGGUAUUGCCUCGCCUAUUACUUUUACAUGCAGGAGUACACCUUUUAUUAUGCAAGAAAUCAACAAAUUCCUGGAUACAACUGGAAUGCUCCUGGCAAGUGCUCUCGUCCCAUUUGUAGGCACCCCUAG